AUGAGUCGCAACUUUAUUACCGGUGCUGCCGUUAUUGCUGUCGGUGUCUUCACUGGCUAUUACACUUUCCAACCGGCUUUCCAAGAGCUUGCCAUUCAACGGGCACAUGGAAAUCAGCCUGGCUCCUCCCCUGACACAUCUGCUUCCAAGCAAAAUGCCAAUUCUUCAGCCAUCAAUGCCCCAGUUCAGGCUCCCGCGCCCGUCGCUCCAGGACCAGAGAAGAGCAAUUAG